AUUCCAACGCCGAACUUAGUGGCGAACACUCGCUUAGGCGAAAAUUUCAUAGGCGAGUACUGGCUUUCCAGCAGCGCCUAAGUUAGUUCGUUUGAGAUCUCCAAAACCUAGAAUAUUCAAAUAAUCAUGCAGUCCUUGAUUAUCUUCGCAGCGACUGUCUGCUUGGUAAAGGCGUCGUACUACGCGCACGCGCCAGCGCCGAUCCAGCUGAGCCCGGACGGCAAAUACGUGCUGGAUACCCCGGAGGUAGCGCAUGCUAAAGCCGCACACUUAGCUGCGCAUGCGCAAGCCUCCACCGCGCACGGUGCGUGGGCGCCGGCCAUCGGCGGCUGGGGCGGUCCCGGCCCCGCCGCGUACGGCGCUGGACACUAUGGUGCACCUGCUGCUGGUCUUUACAAAUACGGCCCCGCGCCUCUCGCUCACGACGGCCGCGUCAUAGACACUCCUGAGGUAGCCCACCUGAAGGCGGCCCAUUUGCAAGCCCACGCUAGCGCUUCACACGGAGGGCUCGCCCUCGGCCACGCAGGUCUCGGCCUCGGCCACGCCAUCGGCCCUGUGGCCCCUCUCGGCCAUGGUGGUCUCGGACAUGGCUACGCCGGCGGCUACGGCAAGUGGACUGGCCCUCAGGCUCACAUCCAGUUGACGCACGACGGCCAAUACGUGGUGGACACUCCUGAGGUCCAACAUGCCCGCGCCGCACAUCUUGCCCAGUACGCCCAUGCCGCCCACGCCGCCGCCGCCGCCCCUGAAGAACCUUGGGGCCACGGACCCCAUGGUGGCUGGCACUGAGCACCUCCCUGACCCCUCGCUGACCUUUUAUAUAAAACUCUAGUGAAAAAAUACAAAAAAAUGUUAAACUGUAUAUAAUGAAUGAAUGUAGCAAACUGAAACUGCCACUCUUGUAGAGCGAACAUGAAAAUGUGUAAUAAAAAAAUUUAAUAAUGUUA